AUGGCGAGGCGAACGAGUACGAUGCCGACGGGCAUGGCAGCGUACGUAGGUGCGGCGUCAGGGAGCUCUGUGCAUGGCGAACAUAGUCAUGCCAAAGCCACGACGGCGCACGACAUGUACCUGUCGGACGAAACGGAUGACAUGGAGUGCCCGCUGUGUCUAGAGGAGAUUGAUAUAUCCGAUGCGAACUUCAAGCCGUGUCCGUGCGGCUACCAGAUAUGCCGGUUCUGCUGGCACCACAUCAAGCAGAACUUGAAUGGGCGGUGCCCUGCGUGCCGGCGAAAAUACUCGGACCAGGCCAUUGAGUUCAAGGCCAUGUCGACGGAAGAGAUUAUGCGGCUCACGAACGCGAAAAAGAACAAGGAGCGCGAAAAGAAGGAGAUGGAGGCGACCAACCGCAAGCACCUCGCGAACAUGCGCGUCGUGCAAAAGAACCUGGUGUACGUCGUGGGUCUGAGCCCCAAGCUCGCGCGCGAGGAGUUCAUCCCGACGCUCAAGGGCCCCGACUACUUUGGCCAGUACGGACGCGUGGCCAAAAUCCUCAUCAGCAAGCGCAUGACGUCCAGCAAGUACGGACAUGGCUCGCAUGAUCCGUCGAUGGGCGUGUAUGUGACAUACCAGAGCAAGGAAGAUGCGGCUCGUGCGAUCGUCGCGAUCGACGGCAGCAAGGAGCCAGGCGGCCGCAUCAUCCGUGCGAGCUACGGCACGACCAAGUACUGCACGUCGUACCUGCGCAACAUGCCGUGCUCGAACGCCGGGUGCACGUACCUGCACGAGCCCGGCGAGGAAGCAGACUCCUUCACCAAGGAAGACUUGGCGACGCUGCGGCACGCCGCGCGCGACACGGAGCACAAAAUCAAGCCGGCAUCGAUGCACUUGAUGCCGAUCACGAAAAAGGCGUCGACGGAAGCGAUCUCGCACGCCUCGCCCGCUCCGUCCGCCGCGGGCGAUGAAGGCUCCGCGCUGCCCCGCACGGCGUCGUGGGCGAACGCGGGCAAGAUGUUCUCGGCGGCGGGCGAGCCGGCUCCGAUGCCCCCGCCCCGGGAUCCGCAGGCGUUCCCCGGCCUCGCGGCGGCGGCCGCUGCUCCGACGCACUCGCCCAAGAUGCGGCCCAAGGCGGCCAAGGCGCCAGCUGCGACGCGCGCGCGCGAGGCCGACUCGGUGCCGAGCUCGCCGACGCCUCGCAAGGCCGCGCCGAUCGUGCUGGACGAUGUGCGGCGCCACGAUAUGGUGGAGCCGCCGUACCUGUUCUCGACGUUCGACUGGCCGCUGUUGACGCAUUGGGGCGAUGGCGACUUUAGCUUCUACCUGCCGUCGCUGCCGACUUCGAUGGCGCCUACCGACGACCACGACGCGGCUCCGUACAGCGGCACCUUUAAUCCCUUUGACGAGCCCGACUCGGUGUGGGGGCCGUACGAGCAGGCGCGUGUGCCGGACGCGGCCUGGCCACUUCGGCAGCAGGCAGCGCUGCACCGCGGCGUGGCGCCCCACAUGCUGGACAAUGUGCGUGCGCCCGAGGAGCAGCGCUCGGCGGCCGCUGCGAUGCUGGCAGCGCGUGCGCGGCAGCUCCAGGAGGCGGGCGAGACGGUAUCGACGCACUCGAUGAGCGAUGUGCGGACGCAUCUGGCGCGGCAGCAGGCCCAGCAGCAGGCGCAGCACGGCCCCACGGCCGAUGCCCACUCGCUGCUCACUCUUUUGCGGCGCGGGCAGGAGCCGGACGUGCUGGCGGACGCUGCCACGCCGCCGGCGCCCCCGCCGGGUCUGCGCACGCAGCCGCCGAAUCGGGCGACGGGCCUGCUCCUGGCGCAGCUCCUCGGCACGCCGCCCGCGCAGCAGCACCCCGAUGCCUACGCAGCAGGCGUUCCCCCGGCCACGGUGCGGCAGCCAUAG